AUGUCCAAGGCGACCCCCAACCCUGUUGCUUCGACCUACGGGUCUCCUGCGGCGAGUGGCGGGUCCACGGCCUCUUCGAUCCCACACCCAGAACCCAUGUCGUCAAGUACACACCAUAUUGCCGGGAUUCUGGUGACGGUAUUUGGUCUGGACGAGGUUCCCUCAGGCACCACCGACAUCGCCGUCCUCUGGCUGCUGCACCCUCGCCUACAAACCCAGGCGUGCAUGGCGCCGUUCGCGGCGCACAUCAUCUCGGAGUGGAACAAGCACCAGCCAACGUCACGGAGUAGUGGUGGUGGACGAGGCGGGCAGAAGAAGAAGAAGGGCCUGAUCGCCGUGUCGUUUGACCAGCGGAACCACGGCUCGCGCCUGGUGUCGGCCAUCGCCAACGAGGCCUGGCGGUCUGGGAACGAACACCACGCCCAGGACAUGUUCGGCUGCUACGCCGGCACGGCGCUCGACACGUCGCUCCUACUCGACUACCUGCCCGGGUACAUCUUCGGCGGGGCCAGCGACCCCCGGAAGAUCGUGCAGAACCUGGUGCUGGGCAUCAGCCUGGGCGGCCAUGCGGCGUGGCACGUCCUGAUCCACGACCCGCGCGUGUCGGCCGCGGUCGUCACCAUCGGCUGCCCGGACUACACGCGGCUGAUGACGGACCGGGCGCGGCUGUCGAAGCGCACCACGUACACGUCGUCGACCCCGCCGGGCCGCGACUUUCUGGGCUCGCGGGACUUCCCGCCCAGCCUGGUCGAGGCGAUCAAGAAGUCCGACCCGGCGGGCCUGCUGUGGUCGCUGCCGGGGCUGAACUGGCGCGCCGACCAGGAGAAACUGCACACCGAACUGACCGAGCAGGAGCGCGCCGUGCUGCUGCCCGUCAUGACGCGAUGUUUCGGCAACAAGCGCCUCCUGAACCUCUCGGGCGGCGCCGACAAGCUGGUGCCGUACGCGCACUCGAAGCCGUUCGUCGACUGGCUCAAGGCGGUCAGCGGGCCAGGCGGCUGGUUCGAGGGCAGCGGAUUCGUGCUGGAGGACAUCGUGUUCGACGGCGUCGGCCACGACGUGCCCAGCGCCAUGGUCCCGUACAUGGUGAGAUUCGUGACCGAGACGCUGGAGGAUGAGGGCGUCGCGGCCAUGGAGAUGGGGGGAGGGGCAGCCCGGUUGGGGAGUAAGAUAUAA